AUUGAAGAGAAAGUCUGAAACACAUCACAAUGACAAACAAAUGAGCACCACGUUAGCGGCACAAAAACUGUUACAGACUUACAGAGUAAUACGUGGAACAAACACCAAAGGAAUCGCUAUCCGAAGUCCCCUCUCUGAGUUUGAAUUCAAAAUUUCCAAUGUCGAUUGAACUGUUUGUAUGUCUGUAGGGUACAUAAAUUGCUAACGUUAUAAUUUCAAAAACCAUCCCCAGGUAAAAAACAGUUCAAACAUUUGUAUUCCCUCUAUCGGAAUAAACCCUAGCGCUGCCUCUCUCCGAUCUCUUCUGACAAACACGACACCGACGGAAUUAUGACGGCGGGGCCACUGUCAACCGGACGGGAGCUUUCUGAUCCUCCGAAGGACGGCAUAUCCAACCUCCGCUUCUCCAAUCACAGCGAUCUACUCCUCGUCUCAUCCUGGGAUGCCACUGUUCGACUGUAUGAUGCCAGUGCUAAUGCGCCUAAUUCGCUGAGAGGAACCUUCUCGCACGGAGGUGCUGUGCUCGACUGCUGUUUCCAUGAUGAUUCUUCUGGAUUCAGUGCCAGUCUUGAUAAUACUGUCAGAAGACUUGUGUUCAGCCAUAAAAGGGAUGACAUUUUGGGAAGGCAUGAUGCGCCUGUCCGCUGCGUUGAAUACUCAUAUACUGGACAAGUGAUCACUGGUAGCUGGGAUAAAACCAUAAAGUGUUGGGAUCCAAGAGGCGCAAGUGGACAGGAGCACACUCUUGUUGGGACAUACCCGCAACCAGAGCGUGUUUACUCUCUGUCUCUGGUUGGGAAUCGUUUAGUGGUAGCAACUGCUGGAAGACAUGUUAAUGUCUAUGAUCUGCGAAACAUGUCUCAACCUGAGCAACGGAGGGAGUCAUCACUAAAAUAUCAGACAAGAUGUGUGCGUUGUUAUCCUAAUGGAACAGGUUAUGCUCUUAGUUCAGUUGAAGGCCGUGUUGCCAUGGAAUUUUUCGACCUCUCUGAGGCUGGUCAAUCCAAAAAGUAUGCAUUCAAAUGUCAUCGAAAAUCUGAAGCUGGAAGGGAUGUUGUCUACCCUGUAAAUGCAAUUGCAUUUCACCCUAUAUAUGGUACUUUUGCAACUGGGGGGUGUGAUGGUUAUGUUAACGUUUGGGAUGGAAACAACAAGAAGAGGUUAUAUCAGUAUUCCAAAUACCCUUCCAGCGUUGCAGCCUUGUCAUUUAGCAGAGAUGGCAAACUAUUGGCUGUUGCAUCGAGUUAUACUUUUGAAGAGGGCGAUAAAGCUCAUGAACCAGAUGCCAUAUUCAUCCGGAGUGUGAAUGAAGUUGAAGUGAAGCCAAAACCUAAAGUAUUGCCAAAUGCUGCUACCUAGAGGGAGAGAGCCGCAAUAAUUUCUUGGGACUGUAUAUUUUUGUGAUAAAAAUUAGAAUAUUUAAUCAAAUGUAAGGCCCGAUGUGCUCGUUUUGGAAUAGUCAAAAACACUUUUAUAUCAUCUUGCUUUAAUGUGUAUAAUUUGGCUAACCCGCCACGAAUUAUUUGUGUAGAGACACGUCAGCUGAUUUAGGUAUCUUACUUGUUUUGUCUAUGUAGCAUGAUCAAAUUACUCCAAACCAUCAUUGUGAAAUUUGUGGGAAAUCAAGCAAUUUGUUGCUGUUCAUGUUU